AUGAGUGAACAGAGUCCAGAAUAUGACCCCUCCAAGGUGGUCGUGGUAUUCGUUCUGGGUGGGCCUGGUGUAGGUAAGGGCACCCACUGUGCAAGCCUUGUACGCGACUAUGGCUUUGUUCAUCUUAGCGCAGGUGACCUACUUCGUGCGGAGCAAGCGCGUCCUGGCUCUGAGUAUGGUCAAAUGAUUGCUGAUUAUAUCAAAGAAGGAAAAAUCGUGCCUAUGGAAGUCACGAUCUCACUUUUGCGAAAUGCUAUUCAAUCGGCCUUGGAAACACACAAGAACUCCAGUUCUGACGGAUGGGGCGCUGGUAAGGGUCGCUUUUUGAUUGAUGGUUUCCCCCGCAAAUUGGACCAGUCAUUCAAGUUUGAGGAAUCAGUUUGUCCAGCCCAAAUGGUUCUCUUUUUACAAUGCACUGAAGAAGUUAUGCUGGAACGGCUUCUUCAUCGUGGAGAAACUAGUGGUCGAUCUGAUGACAAUAUCGAAUCAAUCAAAAAGCGUUUCCGAACCUUUGUGGAAACAAGCAUGCCAGUUGUUGACUACCAGCGAACUCAAAACAAGGUAGUCGAUGUCAAUGCCAUGAACACUGUGGAGCAAGUGUACAAAGACAUUUGUGACGCAAUGAAUGCAAAGUUCCAGCAGAUUCAAAAGUAG